GCGGUGGCGGUGCGGAUGGUGGCGGCGACGGCGCGGCCGCUAUCGAGCGCAGCGCCGGCGGCGAUGGUGCGGGGCGAGGACACGGAGUUCGGGUCGGCGUCGUGGUGGGCGUACGCGGGCGUCUCCUGCUUCCUGGUGCUGUUCGCCGGGAUCAUGUCGGGGCUCACCCUGGGGCUCAUGUCGCUGGGCAUCGUGGAUCUGGAGAUCCUCCUGCGCAGCGGCACCAAUGUCGAGAAGGCUCAGGCCGCUGCUAUAUUUCCAGUUGUUCAAAAGCAGCACCAGCUUCUUGUCACUUUGCUGUUGUGUAAUGCUUGCGCCAUGGAGGCUCUCCCUAUAUUCCUUGACAGGAUUUUUAAUCCUGUUCUUGCUGUUGUCUUGUCAGUGACAUUUGUUCUUGCUUUUGGAGAGGUUAUACCACAAGCAAUAUGUACUAGGUAUGGGCUGGCGGUAGGUGCUAGCUUUGUAUGGCUUGUACGCAUCCUCAUGAUCAUCACCUAUCCUAUUUCAUACCCUAUUGGGAAGCUACUAGACUGUGCUCUUGGGCAUGAUGAAUCUGCGUAUUUCCGGCGAGCUCAAUUGAAAGCUCUUGUUUCUAUCCAUGGCAAAGAGGCUGGUAAGGGUGGAGAGCUUACUCACGAUGAGACUACAAUCAUAAGUGGAGCGUUGGACUUGACAGAAAAGACCGCCGAAGAAGCUAUGACACCUAUUGAAUCAACCUUUUCAUUAGAUGUGGACUCCAAGUUGGAUUGGGAAGCAAUUGGUAAAAUUCUUGCCCGGGGCCACAGCCGUGUGCCUGUGUAUUCAGGAAAUCCUAGAAAUGUUAUUGGUCUCCUGUUGGUGAAAAGUCUUCUGACAGUUCGUGCUGAAAUAGAGACGCCAGUCAGUGCUGUUUCCAUUAGAAGGAUUCCUAGGGUUCCUGCAGACAUGCCUUUGUAUGAUAUACUGAACGAGUUUCAGAAAGGAGGUAGCCAUAUGGCUGCUGUUGUGAAGGCAAAACCCAAAAAUGCACCAGCUCCUGAUAAAACUGAACCAUAUAUGGAGGCAGCUGCUUCAACAAACCUGACUGCACCCUUACUAUCCAAUACUGAAGAAAGGGCGGAUAUUGUGAUUGUUGAUACUGAAAGACAACAUAACACGCCGUCAAACACAGUGGCUAGCAUAUCAGAAGAUAUAGAUGAUAGUCCAGUCAUUGGAAUCAUCACACUCGAAGACGUAUUUGAAGAACUCUUGCAGGAGGAAAUAGUGGAUGAGACGGAUGAAUAUGUUGAUGUUCAUAAAAGGAUCCGAGUCGCUGCUGCAGUCGCCGCAUCAGCAGUUUUAAGGGCUCCAUCUUACCGGAGAUUAAUCAACCAAAAGGCUGCAGGGACGCUUGGUCAACCAGAACAGCCUACUGGAAUUCUGAAGAAACCUACUGGUGAUUCAAAUCCGUCAAAACAUAAAGUGAUCCUUGUUGAGCGUCAUCUAUAAAACGGGAGGUAGUUUUAGAUGUAUCACAUCAGUACAGGGAUGGAACACAUGGUUCCAAAUGGGAAAUUUUUGGCAUUCUCUUCCACGAGCAAUAAAUAGAACUUGUUUUGUAAAUUUCAACUGGCGCUAUGUGAUUUCCUUGUCAUGAGCUUUUGAAUCUGUUCAGCACUGCAAUAGUGACAACCAGUUUUGCUUGGGAAUCAUAAACUUGGAAUGACAGUGGAUGGUAACAUGUGAAUAACAUA